AUCAUUUUCCUCUUCCCCUCCCCUUAUCUCCCUUCUCCCAACCCCGCGCUGCAGGCCUCCAAAAGAUCUCCAUUGAUGGCCGCUUAAGCCCCUCUCACGGACACAAAUGGAACUCUCCUCUUCUCUCCAUCGUCUCCCCUCCUUCGACCUCUCUUUCUCCUCCUCUCUCUCCGCCGCCCCCCUCCAGUCCCACCUUAAAUUUCCCCACUCACGCCGCCCGAUCCCCCGCCGACGGGCUCUCGCCGUUGCCACCAACACCCCGCAGGAAGCACCCCCCAACAGCCCCCAGCGCCUCCUAAGAGAGCUCGCCGAGCGCAAGAAGGUCGCCUUCCCUAAGAAGAAGGUCCCUCCGCGGCGCUUCAUUCUCAAACCCCCCCUCGAUGAUGCCAAGCUCACCCAGCGCUUUCUCAACAGCCCCCAGUUGUCCCUCAAGUCUCUACCUCUGCUGAGCUCCUGCCUGCCGCCGUCCCGGCUCAACAAUGCCGAUCGCACCUGGAUCGACGAGUACCUCCUGGAGCCCAAGCAGGCUCUGGGGUACCCCCUUGAGCCGUCCGAUCGGCUCGAGGACGACGCCAAUCCCGCCAAGCAUUUCGACACACUGCUGUACCUGGCGUUCCAGCACCCGGUGGCUGGCUGCGAGCGGACCAACGCCAAGCACGUCAGGAACGGCCACUCCAGGCUCUGGUUCCUGGGGCAGUUUGUGCUCGAACUGGCGUUCGCGGAGUAUUUCCUUCAGCGGUACCCCCGGGAAUCGCCUGCACCAAUGAGGGAGAGGGUGUAUGCGCUGAUCGGAAAGAGGAAUUUGCCCAAGUGGAUCAGAGCUGCGAGCUUGCACAACCUGGUCUUCCCUUAUGAUGAGAUGGAUAAGAUGAUUCGAAAGGACAGGGAGCCCCCGGUGAAGUAUGUAUUCUGGGCAUUGUUUGGGGCCAUAUAUUUGUGCUUUGGGAUGCCUGAAGUUUACCGUGUGCUUUUUGAGGCAUUUGGAAUGGAUCCAGAAGAUGAGAGUUGUCAGCCAAAGCUGAGGCGACAACUGGAAGAUGUUGAUUAUGUUUCAGUGGAGUUUGAGAACAAACAACUUAGCUGGCAAGAUGUCGCUGCAUAUAAGCCUCCACAAGAUGCACUUUUUGCUCAUCCAAGGCUUUUUAGGGUAUGUGUGCCACCAGGCAUGCAUCGGUUUCGAGGUAAUAUCUGGGACUUUGAUAGCAGACCCAAAGUUAUGGAAACACUGGGCUAUCCUUUGCCCAUGAGCGAUCGAAUUGCAGAUAUCACUGAGGCCAGGAAUAUUGAACUUGGCCUUGGUCUUCAGUUGUGCUUUCUACAUCCUUCUAAAUACAAGUUUGAGCAUCCUCGAUUUUGUUUUGAGCGGUUGGAAUACGUUGGCCAGAAGAUUCAGGAUCUUGUGAUGGCUGAGAGAUUACUAAUGAAGCAUCUUGAUGCCCCUGGUAGAUGGUUACAAGAGAAGCACCGGCGCACGCUGAUGAACAAAUUCUGUGGCCGAUACUUGAGGGAUAAGCAUCUUCACCAUUUCAUCAUCUAUGGUGAGCUAGCACAAGACAAGUACGAGCAUAACCGAAGGCUGAGAAAUCCGGCCACAACUGCAGUACAGCAAGCGAUACAUGGUCUUGCAUACACCGUCUAUGGUAAACCAGAUGUCAGGCGUUUGAUGUUUGAGGUGUUUGAUUUUGAGCAGAUCCAGCCAAAGGUUGUUUGAAAUUUUGAAUUGCUAGAAUUCUACUCUUUUGUAUUGCUUUAAUGAUUUAUUAUCACAUGUUCCCAGUGCCCGUUUCAUCCA